AUAGCUUGUACAAAAACUAACGAAUAACGAACCGCUCUAAAUUAUUGUAAAUUGUAAUUAUUAAUUAAUACUUGGCACUAGCACCGUGUCAAUACUUAAAUAUUUAAUAGUAUAAUAUAGUUCAGUGCUCAGCUUGAACAAUAUACUGGUAUUAUAGUGUCAAUCUAUGAUUUAACAAACUGUUAGUUUAUUUUUUCGUUUUUCUAUAGUUCUCGAGAGAUAAAGGAAAAUAAAGUAAAUAAUUUAUUGUUGUACACGGGUCACAGACAAUUGACGAUACUGAAGUUAGUUUUCCUUAUGAUCUUGUCUAAUCUCAGCUGGUUAUUGUGUCUUUUACAUAGUUCAUAAUAAUUUGUGUUAUUUUAUGGAGUGCAAAAUAAAAAUAUAUUGUUUGUUCAAAAAUUGACGUGAUUAAAUAAUCAGAUAUUACUAUGAAUUUAGCUAAUAAGUUUAUCCUCAACGAAAUUUUCUCAGUAUCUCGUUUAUUUCACUUAAGUAAAUUGUUUAGUACAUCAUUUUCAUCAAUCGAACAUAUUUCAAAUUCUAUCGAUAAGAGUGAAUAUGUUAGAUAUAAAUUUCCAAAUGAAAUAAAUACUAAAAAUGUAGUUGAUAUUAAGCGGCAACAAUUUGAUUCUUCGUUUACCAUUAUACCAGACAUUGUGUCCGUGGAUGAAGAAUCACAACUGAUUAAUGAAAUAGAAAAGUCAUUAAAACGUCUACGUUAUCAACAUGAUCAUUGGGACGAUGCUAUACAUGGAUAUAGGGAAACAGAAAUUAUGACAUGGAAAGAUCAAAACAAUACAAAUGUGAUGCAAAGGCUCAGAAAUAGAGUGUUUGCAGAUGAGUCAAUUACAGAACAAAUGAAAAGAGUUCAUAUACUUGAUUUAUGUGACAAUGGCUAUGUAAAACCACAUAUAGAUAGUAUAAGAUUUUGUGGAAAUAUAAUUGCUGGCUUGAGCUUGCUGUCCGACUCUGUCAUGCGUUUAGCUGAUGAAAAAUUUCCAGAUAUCUAUGCAGUUUAUGCUCUGUUACCUCGUCGUUCAUUAUAUAUUAUGAAAGAUUCAGUUCGAUACCAAUAUACACAUGAAAUAUUAAGUGAUGGUGCACCAUCUGUGUUCAGUGAUAAGCAGAUUGUACGGAAACGAAGGGUAUCAAUUGUAAUGAGAAAUGAGCCACCAGUUGAAGCAAUGAAAUAAUUCAAUAAUUAUAUUUAAUAAACAAAAUUUACUUGUAUUGCGAUUUUAUGUUUAUAAACAGAUGUUGUUAUGUAUAUAAAACAAUUUGUUCUCUGUUUAUAAAAAAAAACACUAAUAAAAUAAUUUAUAAUCGA